CGGAGGGGGCGUGGCCUAGGCGUUGGCAAGCCUUGGCAGGGGCUGUGAGGGGAGAGAAGCGAUGGAGGCCGUUAGGGAGGCUUGAGGCGAAGAUGGCGCGGAGUGGCCGGGCGGUGGGGAAGGUGCUGGUGGAGCGCUUGGCGGUGUCCCCGCGAAGGGCGGCCCUCAGGCAUUUGACUUCUUGGGAAAUUUUGUUGAGCAAAGCCCCUCUUCUACAAGUGCCAGGAAGAUACUGCAUCUUUUCAAAAAGAAAUUUCUUCAAUAUUACUGCACCACUAGGGAACAAAAGGAAAGAAUAUUCAGAAAGAAGAAUUAUAGGGUAUUCUAUGCAAGAAAUGUAUGAAGUGGUAGCGGUUGUGAGUGAAUACAAGAACUUUGUCCCUUGGUGCAAAAAAUCAGAUGUGUUAUCCAAGCGUUCAGGAUACUGCAAAGCACAUUUAGAAGUGGGAUUUCCUCCUGUGGUGGAGAGGUACACUUCAGUUGUCACACUAGUGAGACCUCACUUGGUUAAGGCAUCAUGCACAGAUGGCAAAUUAUUUAAUCAUCUAGAAACAGUGUGGCGUUUCAGUCCAGGAAUCCCUGGUUAUCCAAGAACAUGCACCUUGGAUUUUUCAAUCUCGUUUGAGUUUCGUUCCCUUCUGCAUUCUCAUCUUGCUACUCUGUUCUUUGAUGAAGUAGUUAAGCAAAUGGUUUCUGCAUUUGAGAGAAGAGCGUCCAAGUUAUAUGGUCCAGAAACCAGCAUACCUCGAGAACUAAUGCUUCAUGAAGUGCAUCAUACAUAAAACUACUUGGAUACCACACAUAGACAUGGGAUGCUUCUCUUAUGUGGGCUUCCAAUUAUUUGGGGACAUUUUUUGGCAAUUAUGUAUAAUACUACUGUACAAACCAUGUAAGAUGCAGGUGUACAUAAUGAUAGAAGCUUCCAUCAAGUGCAAUUCCAAGGUGCUGAUAACUUGAGUUACCAGAUUUGCCUUUGUCAUCUUGCCAGCAUAUAUGAAACUCUGAAGUGUGGCAGUUUCAUUGCCUUGUUUUGCAGUGUGUAAUAAUUAGUGGAAUCAAAUUUAAGUUAUUCUUUUAAGUGCAUAUUUUAAGUUAUUUGUUUUUGCUAUUAAAGCUUUAAACCUGCGGAGGACAAGUGUAAUCAAAGCUUGUUUCUCAAGUGUAUAAAAUAUGAUAGUAACUUUACUGUGUAAGAUGAGCAAAUCCUAGGCAAGGAGCUCAAUCAACAAAUAAUUUCAUAGAAUGCAACAAUGUUGUGUUAUAAUAGAUGGUUGAAUCUCCUGAAGUCUUAAGCCUGUAAUGACCCAGUAACCUAAAUGUUGAGGUCUCUAAAAUGUUAACUUAGAGGAUGUUUGGAUUUAUCUGUUUUCAUAUAUUGCUUACCCAAACUGAAGCUUGUCUUGUACUCUUGACAGAUUGUCCUUUUAAAGUGUUAAAGUCAAGACACUAACUUUGACGGCAUACUCUUGCCAUUUUCUCUAGAAUUGCGAGGAUGGCAGAGUACGUACUGACCCUCUGCAUAGAGGUCUUUUAAAAUGGUGUUUAGCAAUAUCAAGUCAUAACCAGGUUUUAAUACUGCUUGGGGGUCAUUUGACCUAUAUGCAAAAGACAUUUCAAGGUGUACAUUUUCUGAGGAGUAAAACUCUUCGGAAAAUGUUUUAAAGUCAUUUCAUAAGAAAAUCUUAUACCUGCCUUGUAAUAGAAGGCAAUGUAAUUUCUCAGCCUUAAAUCUAUGCAACUGUGGCCAAGGCCGCUUCCCUCCCACAAUGAUCUAUGUAAACAACUUCUGCAUUUUUCCAGAAGUUGGCCCAUGAAGGGAAUUUCCCCAACCCUGCCUUAAAUAUCACUGAACUAAUUCAUAUUUUUCUCUAAAGCCAUACAGAUACCUACAAAACAAGAUCAUGCUUUCUGAAUAAGGUAAUGCGUUUCAUGAGUUUCAGCAAUCUUUUAUUACAGAAAGUUGUCACAUAAUUGUAUAUUUCUCUAUUUUGUACACAAUUUUUAUCGAGCCUUGCACACAAUGGCUUCUGCAUUUCCUAGUGACAGCAGGCACCAAUAAAAUCUGAUUUUAACAGAA